GUGGCAUGUGGCGCGGAGCGGGCGGCGGGGCUGCCUGGUUCCCCGGGGGGGCCGCGCCAGCGGGGCGGGCGGCUUGGCCGCCUCCGCCGGGGUGAGCGCCUCUUCUGCACAGCGGCCCUGCCCUCCGCCACGGCCAGGGCGUUGGGAUUGCCUUCCCGGAGCUCCAGCUGACCCCGUGCCAGGCCUGGAGAACUGCUUAUGCAAUAGUUCAGCAAAAUGCUGGAGCACAUACUUCAGAUAGAGAAGGUGCACUGGGGUAUAUUGCAGUGGAUCUGGAAGUGAUAUAAGAAAGAAUUGCUCCUGGGAAGAGAAGCCUCCCUGCAAGACCAACCCUGAAGAUGUGGACUGCUCUUGUAUUCUUCCUGUUGAUUUCCUUCUGUAUAUGUGAACAGAGGCUUUCUGUCCUGAAAGGGAGAAAAGUCCACGUAGUGCAAAUAAGCAGGCUUACAACGGAGAAGCAGUGCAGGCAGGCUUGUCAAAGCCCAGGUGCUUCAGGUGACCACCAGUGUAACUGGUCUGUGCUCUACCAGAAUCACUGCAUCCUCCUGCAGUGUCACCAGCUGAGCGUGUGCCAGGAUGCUGGAGAACAAGGCAUCAAAGAUCUGCUUGGAGAAAUGGUUGAUGGGAAAAGGGAAACAGUCCUGUACCACCACCAAAACUCUCCACUGGAAAAGGAGAGGACGGUGAAUGCACGAGUUGACCAACACAACGUGGAAAAUGCGUUUUCCUCAACUGCUUGGACUCCCAAGGUUCACUUGAGGCAUUUGCUUGGGAUCGAGGGUGAAGCUGCAGGAACGAAUACAAGAAAACCAACAACAAGCAACGCUGUCACCACCACAGUGACCUCCACCACCACCACAGCUGUAACAACAAACGUUACAAAUGCAUCUGUCCUCACUACAGCUUAUGAAACAACUGCCAAAGCCCCCGAUGGCCCUGGAGGUUCUGGUCUCCUUGCUGAAGCUGUGUCAUCUACUGCCUCUUCUCCCACAUCUGGUAACAUCCCUGCUUCCACUUCCAGCCCUGUCACCAAGCUUAUGACCACCACUGAAAAAUCAGGAAAUAGUAACUCUGUCUCAGUAUUGUCCCCCACUUCUUCUGCUCCCCUCGGUGCCAUUCCUGAAGCAGGUACUCAGACACCCCAAAGCACGCAGGUUAACCCAGCCACCACCAGCACUCUCCGCUCUAGUAGCCCCACCACUGCUGGAGCUGGCCUGAAGACACCAAGCACACUGACCACCCUCAUCCUGCAGGAUGCAGGAACGUCUUCCACUGCUUCCACACGUGCCACUGCUUCCACACGUGCCACUGCUUCCACACGUGCCACUGCUUCCACACGUGCCACUGCUUCCACACGUGCCACGACACUCACCCCCUCAGAGAGUUCUCACUCUGUGAAUUCACUGCCAGCCGUUACGUUGCCCCAUCCAGAGCCAGAAGCAAGUACAUCCUUAAGUAAACCAACUUCUCUUCUGGGCUCUACAGGAGGUACCACAGUUAUAACUACUGCCACUACAGCAGGAACUACGACUGGACAUGAGAUAAAGACAGCAUCUCACGUUUUUUCAACAACCAUAGCUCCAGCACAUACACCCAAAACAACAGCUUCGAGCCUUGUGGAAACUCAGGACACAGACAAUGAGUAUCUUCUCAUUGCUGCUGAGCCACUGACUCAGUACUUAGUGGAUAAAAGUUCGCUUCUUGCAGUGCUUUUAGUUGGUACGUGUUUUUUCAUAACUGUUAUAGUUCUUUUCCUUAUGCAGGCCUAUGAGAGCUACAAGAAGAAGGAUUACACACAAGUGGAUUACCUGAUCAAUGGAAUGUAUGUGGACUCGGAGAUGUGAAAGGGUGGGGAUGAAACAGUGGGCAGAGAGAUGGAAAGGAGAUGGAAAGCCUGCCUGACUUGUUUUUCUUUCCUGUUUGCCUAUAACACAAAUUGAAAGUGCUUCCAAAUUAGCUUCUAGUGCAAUUGAGGAGAAAUGCCAUGUACUGUAUUAAGAAACAAAAAAGAGUAAUUUUUAUUCAACCAUACAACAGGUUGCUGUAAAAAAAAAAAGUCAUUUUUAAAAACUUCCAUAAUGCACUAUAGCUUUGGCCAUUAUUUUUCAUUGCAAAACAAACCUAACAAGGGGUAAGCCAUCAUCCUCAGAAAAUGCUGUGGCGCUUUCAACAGUUUACAGUGCAAAUUCCACGUGUCUCAUUCGUUUCACGUGUGCUCCUCUGAAAACAGAAUGAAGGAUGCUCUUACCUUUUGCGAAGUGCUCUGAAAUCACCAGAUGAGAAGUGUGGAGUAGUGGUGCAACGGGGAACUUUUAAUCCAACAUGUGUCAUGUUUCAGUAUGCUUCUUGCUUGUAAAGAGGUCUGUUUACAAGGCAUUGUAAACUCUGUUUACUGCUAACCCAAGAUAUCUUUUCACCAUGGAGCGGAUUACUGUGCCUCUGCACUGAAAUGAUCUUAUUUUUGUAUUCACUUAAUAAAUGGGGCCCUGGAAGGGCAUAUCUUGUUGCA